CAUCGCCUGCCUAUCACAGUCAGCAGUUAUCUGUCAGUGUCAUUUUGUUUUUGUUAGUUUUUGAUGUUUUAUUUAUGCCAUUGUAGUUAUUAAAGGUAUUUUUUUCAAAUAGCAAAGAAGGAAUAUUUAGAAUAAGUGUAAAUCGAAUUUAAAUGUUUAUCAUCUCAGCCAUACAAUACAAAUACGAAAAUAGUUUACUGGAAGUACACAACUGGUAAAAGAUGGAAAAUGGAGAUGUGUCACCGUUAAAUAAUUGUCAGACUAAAGAGGCUAGAAGACUAUAUAUUUAUGAUAUUGGUACUAAACUAAAUACACCUGGUCAAUACGAUAUUGGUGGCACAUAUACUGAAGAUGAGUCAGAUCUAUGGUUUUUUUGUUCCACAUCUUUAUGUCCAGGUUACCAGUAUCUACUCAAUGUAUUUGUGUGCCAUAGAAAACCAGGAAUCAUAUCUGUAGGAAUAAGCACAAGUGAUGUAUUAACAUAUAAAGUUAAUAUUGGGACUGUAACAAAUAAUGUUUUACCUGAUUCAUUGUCAUGGCAGACAUUAAGGGCUGUGGAAGCUGAUGAAAUUAACCAUAUAAAAACGUUUUGCUUCACUGAAACGGAUAUGGUGAGGAUGAAGUAUGAAACUUUGAUUGUACCUUUGAGUAUAGAAUGGGAGCCAAAAUGUUUUGUAUCAGAUAGUGUUAUAAAAAGAGUCAAACUAAAACAUAACUUUGGAGAAUUACUAUCAAAUGAGAGCAGUAAAGAUUUUGAGCUUAAGACACCGAGCGGCAAGGUCUACAAGAUUCACAAACUUAUUUUGGCUGCUCAAAGUCCAGUACUGAGGAAAACACUUAAAAACUUAAAUGAAAAAUCACUACUUCUGGACAUUUGCGACAAUGAUUUAGAACUGCUACUUCAGUUCUUUUACACUGGAGCAAUAAACAAUGUAUCAGAACAAAACUGCAUACAACUACUAGAAAUUGCUGGAAGAUUUGAAUUAAGAAGCUUAUUCCUUUUUAUGCAAGAUGUUGUAAAGAAACAAAUAACAGUUGAGAAUGCUAUGGAUAUUGCAAUAAUAUCUGAGAAAUAUAAACUAGAAGAUAUGCAAAAAAAUAUAUUUCAAUUUAUAAAAGAACAUCCACAAGUCUUAAAUACAGAAAGUUGGAAAAAAUUGAAUGAUAUAAAUUUAACUAAAAAGCUUUUAGAAAACAUUUAUAAG